AUGUUUGCUGUAAAAGAGAUCAAUAGGAACCCUAGUCUAUUACCCAACAUUACUCUGGGAUUCCACAUCUACAAUGCCUAUCACAGUGAUGAGAGGACCUUGGAGAGUUCCCUCAUGUGGCUAUCAGGCCAGGGACAGACCAUUCCAAAUUAUAGCUGUGAGAAGGCGAAGUCGGUGGUGGUCAUUGGAGGAGCCACUUCUCAUUUAACUGUCUCCAUGGGAAGCCUACUGGAGCUCUAUAAGUUCCCACAGCUCCAUCCCUUUCUGAAGAACCUUCAGUUUAAUGAUAGUACUGGGAAUCUGGUGGCCUUGGAUAAAAAGAGGAACUCUGUGGCAAAUUAUGAUAUUCUCAACUAUGUGACCUUUGGUAAUGAUACCGAAGUCCUUGUGAAAGUGGGAGAGUUUAUUCCUCAGGCUCCACUUGGCCAAGAUUUCAUCAUCCAAGAGAAGGCAGUAGUGUGGUCCGCAGAGCAGAGAAAGCCUCCUCAGUCCAGAUGCAGCAUAAUUUGUGGUCCUGGAUUACAAAUGAAAGCCCAGGAGGGAAAGCCUGGAUGCUGUUUUGAUUGUGUCCCCUGCCCAGAGGGGCACAUUUCCAACCAGACAGAUGCAGAUCAAUGUGUAAAAUGCCCUGAAGAUCAAUAUCCCAAUCAGGGGAGGAAUCAGUGCCUCCCCAAAGUGGUAACCUUCCUGGCAUAUGAAGAGCCCUUGGGGAUGGCUUUGGCUUCUAUAGCUGCUUGCUUGUCUCUCCUCACAGCUCAAGUUCUCUGGGUCUUUGUGAGGCACAAAAAUACCCCCAUUGUCAGAGCCAAUAACCGAGAUCUCAGCUACAUCCUCCUCAUCUCCCUUUUCUUCUGCUUCCUCUGUUCUUUGCUCUUCAUUGGCCGCCCAACUGCAGCCCAUUGCCUUCUCCGACAAACAACCUUUGGAGUCAUGUUCACAAUGGCUGUCUCCACUAUUUUGGCCAAAACGAUCAUUGUGGCUCUGGCCUUCAAAGCCACAAGACCAGGAAGGAGGAGCAGAAAAUGGAUGGGAAGCAGAGCUCCCAUUGCUGUUAUUCUCCUUUGCACUUUGAUACAAGGCAUGCUCUGUGGAGUCUGGCUGCUGCUCUCUCCCCCAUUCCCAGAGGCAGACACACAUUCUGACCGUGAGCACAUUAUCUUGGGGUGCAAUGAGGGCUCCCUCAUUGCCUUCUAUUUUGUCCUGAGCUACAUGGGAGUCUUGGCCCUGGCAAGUUUUGUCGUGGCCUUUUUUGUCAGAAAUCUGCCUGACACAUUCAACGAAGCUAAGUUCAUCACUUUCAGCAUGCUGGUGUUCUGCAGUGUCUGGGUCUCCUUCCUCCCCACGUACCAGAGCACCAAGGGGAAGAUGAUGGCAGCUGCGGAGAUCUUUUCCAUCUUAAGUUCCAGUACUGGAUUACUAGGCUGCAUCUUCAUCCCCAAAUGCUAUGUGAUCCUUCUGCAGCCCCACAAGAACACCAAGAAAACUUUAAAGAAUAAAUUCAGUUCCUAA